CCACGUGACUGGCUCUGCUCUUAGUCUAUCAUGGCGUCUCCCAGUGGGAAGGGAUCCCGGGCGCCGGAGGCUCCUGGCUGCGGGCCCCGGCCGAUCGCCCGGGACUUAGUGGACUCGGUGGACGACGCGGAGGGGCUGUACGUGGCGGUCGAGCGGUGCCCGCUGUGCAACACCACCCGCCGGCGGCUGACCUGCGCCAAGUGCGUCCAGAACGGCGAUUUCGUCUACUUCGACGGCCGCGACCGUGAGAGGUUUAUAGACAAGAAGGAACGGUUAAGCCAACUUAAGAGCAAGCAAGAAGAAUUUCAAAAAGAAGUGUUAAAAGCUAUGGAAGGAAAAUGGAUAACAGAUCAGUUGAGAUGGAAAAUAAUGUCCUGCAAGAUGAGAAUCGAACAACUGAAACAAACAAUAUGUAAAGGAAAUGAAGAAAUGAAGAAAAAUUCCGAAGGUCUUCUCAGAACAAAGGAAAAGAAUCAGAAGCUUUAUACUCGCGCACAGAGGCAUCAAGAGAAAAAGGAGAAGAUUCAGAGGCACAAUCGCAAACUUGGUGACUUAGUAGAAAAAAAAACCAUUGACUUAAGAAGUCAUUAUGAGCGUCUGGCAAAUCUUCGGCGAUCUCACAUUUUAGAGCUCACCUCUGUCAUAUUUCCAAUCGAGGAAGUAAAGACUGCUGUGAGAGAUCCCGCCGAUGUGUCUUCCGAGAGUGACAGCGCCAUGACCUCCAGCACUGUGAGCAAGCUUGCUGAAGCCCGGAGGACGACCUACCUGUCUGGGAGAUGGGUCUGUGACGACCACAACGGGGACACCAGCAUUAGCAUCACAGGGCCUUGGAUCAGCCUUCCCAACAAUGGGGACUACUCCGCCUACUACAACUGGGUGGAAGAGAAGAAAACCACGCAGGGGCCUGACAUGGAGCAUAAUAACCCUGCUUACACGAUCAGUGCUGCGUUGUGCUAUGCGACUCAGCUGGUCAACAUCUUGUCUCAUUUACUCGAUGUGAAUCUUCCCAAAAAGCUGUGCAACAGUGAAUUUUGUGGGGAAAAUCUCAGCAGACAGAAAUUUACUCGAGCAGUGAAAAAACUGAAUGCAAAUAUUCUUUACCUGUGCUUUUCUCAGCAUGUAAAUUUAGAUCAAUUACAACCACUGCAUACCCUCAGGAAUCUCAUGUACCUGGUCAGCCCGAACUCUGAACACCUAGGCAGGUCGGGACCUUUUGAAGUGCGAGCAGACCUCGAGGAGUCCAUGGAAUUUGUGGACCCGGGAGUUGCUGGAGAAUCAGAUGAGAGUGGAGACGAGCACAUAAGUGACGAGGAAACGGACCUGGGCACAGACUGGGAGAACUUGCCGAGCCCCCGGUUUUGUGAUAUUCCUUCCCAGCCCGCUGAAGCCUCCCAGAGCCAGAGCACCCAGGUGUCCCCACCCAGCGCAAGCAGCAGUGCUGGCGGGAUGAUCUCCUCGGCCGCGGCCUCAGUGACCUCCUGGUUUAAAGCUUACACUGGACACCGCUAACGAGCAUGGACCAAAACAUGCCAGAUGUGCACCGAGAAAUAAACUAGUCAACUUUAUGUAGUUAGGUAAGAUCGUGCCUGGAACAGAAAGAGGUUAAACUGUGUUUUUUUUAAAGCAGGGAGACAAGCAUUCUAUUUGUCAAAUGGCUGAUGGUGACCGACACACUUAUGAUAAUAGAACAGAGGGGUUCAAGGGCCUUCCACCCAGACCAGGGCACGUGGCCACUUCUGUUGAGGCUGAAAUUCCUUUGGGCCCCUCUGAUCACAGGCUGACGCGUUGGUGCUUGCGAUGCUGAGACGGCUUCUGAACACUACGUUGCAGAGGCUGAAUCACAGGAAGUGAUUUUUGAUAUCAGGACUUGAAAGAUAAAAACUGUUUGAGUGUGUUUUUUAUGCCAUCAUUUUUGUACCGAGAACCAGCACGCAAUUUGAAAUACUUGAUUUCUUUAUAAUUUGGUCAUGUUUGGUUUUUAGGUCAAGGAUUUUGGUUUUGUUUGGAAGGGGUGUUGUGUUUUGGGGGGGAAUGGGUAGUUUAAAAGUGAUUUCACUUGUGCUGCUCUGUCGUAGCUCGUCAGACAUUCCUGUUUUUCUUUCUCCCCACACACCAAAGAAACUUAAGUCUUUUUUUUCUUUAGGACCCACAUCUAUGAGCAGAAGAAAUUCUAGCUGCAAUAAUGUCCUAGAGAUUUUAAACCUAUUUUCUAGUAUCUUGAGAGGAGUUAAGUUCGUUCUUACCUAGAUUAUUGAAUUCCUAUCACUCACACCGUGUGCAUUUUCUAUGAGUGAAAGGUUAAGUCAUUAAGGUCGUUCACUUAUGUAUGGUAAAUGCCUGCCUGGGCACAGGUUAAAAGCCACUUAAUUCAGUGGCCUCUGGUCAUUCUUCUGGUGUCCAAUUGCUAAGAGAUUAAUAGGUGGCAGGCUUUUCCAGGGAAAACCAUCCUGCUUGUUUGCUUUCUAGCGGUCUUUGUUGCUGUAAGUACACUACCUUCCCUCAGAAAUGCAGAGCAAAUCAUGACAACUGAGGCAAGCUCCAUGGGAAGAAUACCCCUCACCAAGAGAUCAUUUUCAACUAAUGUCUCUUGUCAUUCUCUUAGGGACAAUCUUAUAAGAAAACUGUAGAGAGGCAUUAUGUACAAAUAUGUAAGUAGUUUAUAUUUUUAAUAACUGUAACAACAAAAAAUCCUAUGUAACAACUACAAAAAGAAAUCCCAUGAAAAAUUCCUAACAGGCAUUAUUACCGUAUCUUGUUAGUGUGAUUAGCAUGGUAGUUCCUCAGAUAAAUGAAUGGGAGGUCUGCCCUGCCCUCGCUUCAUUUCUCAUAACUAUUAUAGAUGAUACUUUGCCUCCAAAUCCGAGGUGCUAUAUAGCUUUUGCUAUUGGUAUAUUUAGUGUUUUGUAGCAUUUGGGGUAGAGUUGCGGAAGCGUGUUUAUUCCUAUCCAGAAGUCCCAAGUUCCCUGACUCUGAAUUUUCCACUUGGGGAGGAAACAGUCUUUUUUUCUGUUUCAACUGCUCAGUUUCAGGACUGCUGUACUUGUGUUGUACCUUCCAGGCCUGUAAUUCAGAGAGUGGGUUCAAGACUUGAACAAAUACCAAAUGAACUUAAAAUCCCAUGAGAUGAGAAUUGUCCAGGCACUUCAUACCCUCAAAAAGAAGAGCCUAGUUUCAGUUGGAACACUGGGAUUUGGGGCCGGAGGGCAGAGGCUGACUUCGGCUGAAAGAUGCAUAAUUAUCAUGGUUUUUUUCCUCAAAUAAACAUCUUAUGAAACCAUGAAUUGAGAUGAAAUCACAAACUCUUAUCUAGAGUAGUUCAAUAAACCCUAUAAGGAUAUGGGAAAUUUAGGGUUUGAUAGGGUAUAUUUUGUUGUUAAUAUCACCUAGAGGCACUUUACUUAGGGUUACAUGAUCAAACCCUUUAGUGGUUGUGAACACCAACAUACUGGCUUCAACUGCGGAGGUAUUUUGGUUUUCAUUAUUUUGCACUGGAUCCACCUUGUAAAUAUUCUUAAGUAUACAUUUCAACCACUGUUUUUUCUACUCUCUGCUGCUCAUUAAAAUCUUUCAUGUAGGUGCCAGAACCGUAUGUAAACAGCUUUUUCAAAAAUUAAAGCUGGGGUUUUUUUUGUUUUUAUUUUAAACAAAAAGCCAUAGAACUUGGUCCUGUUUUCCAUAUUAAAAUGAUUUGUUGAAACAAGUUAAUACUAAUAAAAACCCAGAGGCACCAAAUAGGCUGCUUGAAAUGGUCUGUUAAACACUUUUUUGUAAUGGAAUAUGACUAAGAAAAGUUUCGCACAUCUGCAAAUUAAGGCAAAAAAUAGAACGUCAACAUUGGGUCUAGUGGACAGCACUCAUGUAAGGAUUCGUG